AUGUCUUCCUCAACCGACGAGCAGUACGGCAACAUCGACUUCAGCGCAGGCGACGCCGGCGCCUCUCACACCCGCCCGACCGCCGCCAACGGGCUGCGCGUGGGCGGCCACGUCAUCUUGGACGGCGACAAGCCGUGCAAGAUCAUCCAGAUCAUCAAGUCGAAGCCCGGCAAGCACGGCCACGCCAAGCUGGUCAUCGCCGGCACCGACAUCUUCACGGGCAAGAAGCAUGACGGCGGCGGACCGGCCGCGCACUCCAUGACGGUGCCCGUGGUCAAGCGCAACACCUACAUGCUGCUCUACAUCAAGGGUCAGCAGAAGGGCGGCAAGGAGUUCCUCAGCCUGUUCGACUACGAUGCUAGGGCCGAGAAGCCGGACGACGUCAAGCUUCCCGAUGGCGAACUGGGGGAGAGGAUCAAGGCAGCGUUCAGCGACGAGAAGAGCAUCGAUGUUGUGGUUCUCUCGGCCAUGGGCAAGGAGGUGGUCGUCGACUUCAGUCUCGCCAAGAAUGACUGA